AGCUUUGGUCCCACCUCCAGCCUGGCCCCACCCCCAGCCCAGCGUCUCCUGGACCUAGAUUCCCUAGCUGCUGUCUCCGGAGGGCAGGUCCCUCAGCCGUUGGAACGUCCUUGGGCUUCUGAGCCAGUGCCCAUGUGUGCCAAGGGCCAGCUUCUUCCUGGCAGUGCUUUUGUGUACUUGUCUGGUUGGGACUUUGUGUUUCUUUCUUAGAACUGUUGUCUGGGACUGCAAGCAGGGAACCGAGCCCAGAAGUAGGAGGGGCGUCUUCCCCUCGUGGGCCCUGAGCAGGCCUGCAGCCGACCCCCUGGGGCGCCAGUUUUGGAGGCCCCCGACAGCUGCUCGCGGGAGCCGCCUCCCGACACCCGAGCCCCGCCGGCGCCUCCCGCUCCCGGCUCCCGGCUCCUGGCUCCCUCCGUCUUCCCCGCCCCUCGCCCCGCCGCCGAGGAGGCCCCGCUCCGGGGUCGGACGCCUGGGUCUGCCGGGAAGAGCGAUGAGAGGUGUCUGAAGGUGGCUAUUCACUGAGCGAUGGGGUUGGACUUGAAGGAAUGCCAAGAGAUGCUGCCCCCACCCCCUUAGGCCUGCGGGAUCAGGAGCUAUGGGGCCAGGGGCCCUCUUAUCUUUACUGCUGCUGCUCUUGGUGGCAACUGGAGAUGCUGACAUGAAGGGACAUUUUGAUCCUGCCAAGUGCCGCUAUGCCCUGGGCAUGCAGGACCGGACCAUCCCAGACAGUGACAUCUCUGCUUCCAGCUCCUGGUCAGACUCCACUGCCGCCCGCCACAGCAGGUUGGAGAGCAGUGACGGGGAUGGGGCGUGGUGCCCCGCAGGGUCGGUGUUUCCCAAGGAGGAGGAGUACUUGCAGGUGGAUCUACAACGGCUGCACCUGGUGGCUCUGGUGGGCACCCAGGGACGGCAUGCGGGGGGCCUGGGCAAGGAGUUCUCCCGGAGCUACCGGCUGCGUUACUCCCGGGAUGGUCGCCGCUGGAUGGACUGGAAGGACCGCUGGGGUCAGGAGGUGAUCUCAGGCAAUGAGGACCCUGAGAGAGUGGUGCUGAAGGACCUUGGGCCCCCCAUGGUUGCCCGACUGGUUCGCUUCUACCCCCGGGCUGACCGGGUCAUGAGUGUCUGUUUGCGGGUGGAGCUUUAUGGCUGCCUCUGGAGGGAUGGACUCCUGUCUUACACCGCCCCUGUGGGGCAGACAAUGUACUUAUCUGAGGCCGUGUACCUCAACGACUCCACCUACGAUGGACAUACCGUGGGCGGACUGCAGUAUGGGGGUCUGGGCCAGCUGGCAGACGGUGUGGUGGGGCUGGAUGACUUUAGGAAGAGUCAGGAAUUACGGGUCUGGCCGGGCUAUGACUAUGUGGGAUGGAGCAACCACAGCUUCCCCAAUGGCUACGUGGAGAUGGAGUUUGAGUUUGACCGGCUGAGGGCCUUCCAGGCCAUGCAGGUCCACUGUAACAACAUGCACACGCUGGGAGCCCGCCUGCCUGGCGGGGUGGAAUGCCGCUUCCGGCGGGGCCCUGCCAUGGCCUGGGAGGGGGAGCCCAUGCGCCACAACCUAGGGGGCAACCUGGGGGACCCCAGAGCCCGGGCUGUCUCGGUGCCCCUGGGCGGCCGUGUGGCUCGCUUUCUGCAGUGCCGCUUCCUCUUUGCUGGGCCCUGGUUACUCUUCAGUGAAAUCUCCUUCAUCUCUGAUGUGGUGAACAAUUCCUCUCCAGUGCUGGGAGGCACCUUCCCGCCAGCCCCCUGGUGGCCACCUGGCCCACCUCCCACCAACUUCAGCAGCUUGGAGCUGGAGCCCAGGGGCCAGCAGCCCGUGGCCAAGGCGGAGGGGAGCCCGACCGCCAUCCUCAUCGGCUGCCUGGUGGCCAUCAUCCUGCUGCUGUUGCUCAUCAUUGCCCUCAUGCUCUGGCGGCUGCACUGGCGCAGGCUCCUCAGCAAGGCUGAGCGGCGGGUGUUGGAAGAGGAGCUGACGGUUCACCUCUCUGUACCUGGGGACACUAUCCUCAUCAACAACCGCCCAGGUCCUAGAGAGCCACCCCCGUACCAGGAGCCCCGGCCUCGUGGGAAUCCGCCACACUCCGCUCCCUGUGUCCCGAAUGGCUCUGCGUUGCUGCUCUCCAAUCCAGCCUACCGCCUCCUUCUGGCCACUUACGCCCGUCCCCCUCGAGGCCCGGGCCCCCCCACACCCGCCUGGGCCAAACCCACCAACACCCAGGCCUGCAGUGGGGACUAUAUGGAACCUGAGAAGCCAGGUGCCCCGCUUCUGCCCCCACCUCCCCAGAACAGCGUCCCCCAUUAUGCCGAGGCUGACAUUGUCACCCUGCAGGGCGUCACCGGGGGCAAUACCUAUGCUGUGCCCGCGCUGCCCCCAGGGGCAGUCGGGGAUGGGCCCCCCAGAGUGGAUUUCCCUCGAUCACGGCUCCGCUUCAAGGAGAAGCUUGGCGAGGGCCAGUUUGGGGAGGUGCACCUGUGUGAGGUCGACAGCCCUCAAGAUCUGGUCAGUCUUGAUUUCCCCCUGAACGUGCGUAAGGGACAGCCCUUGCUGGUAGCUGUCAAGAUCUUACGGCCGGAUGCCACCAAGAAUGCCAGGAAUGACUUCCUAAAGGAGGUGAAGAUCAUGUCAAGGCUCAAGGACCCAAACAUCAUCCGGCUGCUGGGCGUGUGUGUGCAGGACGACCCCCUCUGCAUGAUUACCGACUACAUGGAGAACGGCGACCUCAACCAGUUCCUCAGUGCCCACCAGCUGGAGGACAAGGCAGCCGAGGGGGCCCCCGGGGAUGGGCAGGCUGCGCAGGGGCCCACCAUCAGCUACCCAAUGCUGUUGCACGUGGCAGCCCAGAUUGCUUCGGGCAUGCACUAUCUGGCCACACUUAACUUUGUACAUCGGGACCUGGCCACGCGGAACUGCCUGGUUGGGGAAAAUUUCACCAUCAAAAUUGCAGACUUUGGCAUGAGCCGGAACCUCUACGCCGGGGACUAUUACCGUGUGCAGGGCCGGGCGGUACUGCCCAUCCGCUGGAUGGCCUGGGAGUGCAUCCUCAUGGGGAAGUUCACAACUGCAAGUGACGUGUGGGCCUUUGGAGUGACCCUGUGGGAGGUGCUGAUGCUUUGCAGGGCCCAGCCCUUUGGGCAACUCACCGACGAGCAGGUCAUCGAGAACGCAGGGGAAUUCUUCCGGGACCAGGGCCGGCAGGUGUACCUGUCCCGGCCGCCUGCCUGCCCGCAGGGCCUAUACGAGCUGAUGCUUCGGUGCUGGAGCCGGGAGUCUGAGCAGCGACCACCCUUUUCCCAGCUGCAUCGGUUCCUGGCAGAGGAUGCUCUCAACACUGUGUGAAUCGCACAUCUAGCUGCCCCUCCCUCAGGGAGGAUCCAGAGGAAGCCAGUGACAUUAAAACAAGAGGAGCCAAUGGCACCCCUGCCCUUCUCCUCCCGACGGCCUAUCACCUCUAAUAGAGGCAGUGAGACUGCAGGUGGGCUGGCCCACCCAGGGAGCUGAUGCCCCUUCUCCCCUACCCGGAUACACUCUCAUGUCCCCUUCCUGUUCUUCUUUCCCAGAAGCCCCUGUUGCCCACCCAGCUGGCCCUGUGGAUGGGAUCCUCUCCAACCUCCUCUAGCCAUCCCUUGGGGAAGGGUGGGGGGAAAUAUAGGACAGACACUGGACAUGGCCCAUCGGAGCACCUGGGCCCCACUGGACAACACUGGUUCCUAGAGAGGUGGCUGCACCCCCAGCUUCUCUCUCCCUGUCACACACUGGACCCCACUGGCUGAGCAUCUGGGGGCUGAGGAGGACAAGGAGAGGAAAACCUUCCCUUGUGCCUGCUCCUGGACUUGUCCUCAGCUUGGGCUUCUUCCUCCUCCAUCACCUGAAACACUGGACCUGGGGGUGGCCCCGCCCCAGCCCUCAGUCACCCCACUUUCCAUCGGCGGUCUUGUAGCUAGAACUUCUCUAAGCCUGUACGUUUCUGUGGAGUAAAUAUUGGGAUUAGGGGGAAAGAGGGAGCGACGGCCUGUAACCUUGGGGUUGGACAUCUCUAUCGUAGCUGCCACAUUGAUUUUUCUAUAAUCACUUGGGGUUUGUACAUUUUUGGGGGGAGAGACACAGAUUUUUACACUAAUAUAUGGACCUAGCUUGAGGCAAUUUUAAUCCCCUGCAGUAGGCAGGUAAUAAUAAAGGUUGAG